CAAAACACACACACAUCACGGAGUCGGCAGAGAAGCAGGAGCCUGACGGGAGGAGCUCCGUGAUGCUGAGCUGCUUCAGUCACAGCGUUCCCCCAGUCCAACACUACUCAUGGUACAAGAAGAGUCAGGGAGAGGAACAGGAUGAACUUGUGUCAGAGCAUCAAAACCACACAGUGUACUCAAACCAGUCAGGAGUCUACUACUGCAUCGCACAAAAUGUAGUAGAUCAAAAUUCGUCUGAUCCCGUCCAUCUGUUUGAACGAAUCUCUCUGCACAUCCUGAAGUUCCUCGUUCCUGCUCUAUUUGUCCUGAUGAUCAUCAUUUUAAUCAUCGUAGGUUUAAGAUUCAGGAGGAAAAAAUCUAUUCAACAAGGAACAACAAACACAGAGUCCCCUUCUGGUUUUUUGGGUUGGUGUAAUGGUACCAGGAGGAGGAGUUUAACGAAUGAGAAUCUCUCUGUGGAGCCUUUCAGGAGCAGAGACGACCACUUGUCAGAGCAGUUGAGGCGUCCAGAGGACCAACGACACCAGCCUCUUCCAGACAGCACGCCUCCGACCGACAUCAACCUUGUUUACAGCCUUUUGAAUCUGCCCCAGGCUGCCUCUGCACAAAACCCAAUACGACGGCAAGCUGGAAACACCAAGGAGGAUUCUGUCAACUACGCUCCUCUGAACUUUAAGAAUAAGCUAAAGAAGAAGCAAAGAAAGGUGGAAGAAGACUCUGUGUAUGCGAAGGUGUCCAAGCCAACACGAGUUAAAAAGAAUGAACCAGAGAGCCUGCAGGACUAUGAUGACAUUGGUAAUGCAACUGCAGGGGAGGUUACCAAAGGGGAAGUGAAGCGGCGGCUGGCGGCGGCAGAACAGGACUUGGCCACGGUGUCAUCAAAGCUGGUGGAGAUGGCCAUGCCCAGACACGCCCGUUAUGCCAGCCGCUCCUUCACUGCCAUGCUGAAAGCUCUGAACUGCGCCAUUGAUGAAAUGGCGGCCGAUGCCGAGAAGAUCGUGGCUGCAGCUCUCGGGAUCUCAUUCUCGGAGUGA